AUGUGUUGUAACUACUACGGCAACUCCUGUGGCUACGGCUGCGGCUCUGGCUGUGGCUACGGCUGUGGCUCUGGCUGUGGUUAUGGCCCCUAUUAUGGCUAUGGCUCUGGCUGUGGCUAUGGCUGUGGAUACGGCUCUCGCUAUGGCUGUGGCCUGGGCUGUGGCUAUGGCUGUGGCUAUGGCUCUGGCUGUGGCUAUGGCUGUGGAUACGGCUCUCACUAUGGCUGUGGACUGGGCUGUGGCUAUGGCUGUGGCUACGGCUCUGGCUGUGGCUACGGGUGCGGCAACUCCUGUGGCUACGGCUGUGGAUACGGCUGCGGCUAUGGCUGUGGCUAUGGCCCCUAUUAUGGCUGUGGCUAUGGCUGUGGCUCUGGCUGUGGCUACGGAUGCUGUGGCUACUGGCCCUAUUGCUACAGAAGAUGUUAUUCUUCCUGCUGCUAG